AUGGCGACUAUACUUUGGACUGUGCUCCUCCUCUGCCUCAGCGGCGGCCUGGCUGAGGUAUCCCCCAACCCCGCAGAAGCAAUCGCCCCGAUCGAAGCAGCCGUCCCCAAGGUUGCAGAAGCUGACUUAUUGGCACAACCAUCAGAGAUUCAAGCAGCAGUAGAACCGGCCGCUAAUGCAAUAGUCCCAGUAAAUGACCAAAACGGCGUUGAACCCGUGAAUGAUCUGACAGGGGCUGAGGCUGUGACUCACCAUCACAUACACUCAGGCCAUGUCGAUCAUAAUCACAAACACCACGGUCACGCAGAACACAAACAUAAACAUGGUGGUCAUCACCACCAUGGACACAAACACCACGGUCAUCACGGACACGGUCAUAAACACCACGGUCAUUUUGGACAUGGACACAAACACCAUGGUCACCAUGGGCAUGGACACAAACAUCACGGUCACUUCGGCCAUGGACACAAACACCAUGGUCACCAUGGACACCACCACAAACACGAUGGACACCACGGCCAUCAUCACAAACAUCAUGGACAUGCCGAACACGGUCAUAAGCACCACGGUCAUUUCGGACAUGGACACAAACACCAUGGUCACCACGGACAUCACCACAAACACGGUGGACAUUUCGGACACGGACACAAGCAUCACGGUCACCAUGGACACGGACACAAACAUCAUGGUCACUUCGGACAUGGACACAAACACCAUGGUCAUCAUGGACACCACCACAAACACCACGGUCAUCAUGGACACGGACACAAACACCAUGGACACUUCGGUCAUGGACACAAACAUCAUGGUCACUUCGGACAUGGACACAAGCAUCAUGGACACCACGGUCAUGGACACAAACAUCACGGUCACUUCGGCCAUGGACACAAACAUCAUGGAAGCCAUCAUCAUGGACACAAACACCACGGUCAUCAUGGACAUGGACACAAACACAGCGGUCAUCACGGACAUCAUCACAAACACGAUGGACACCAUGGACAUCACCACAAACAUCAUGGACAUCAUGGUCAUGGUCAUAAACACCAUGGACACUUCGAACAUGGUCAUGGACAUGGUCACGGCGGCGGCGGCGGUGGUGGUGGCGGCCAUCAUGAUGCAGCCCACGAUGAAAUGCCAGUUGCUGACGAAGUUGCCGCAAUUGGUGCUGAUGAAGUAGCAGCCGACUUUGGUGACGAGUUCUAA